GCUUCGCCCUCUGAAGUGCCGGGGCGAAUAACCAUAGAUAACCAUACAUAUACUAUUAAGGUGCAUGGUAUUCUGCUGCACUUACUAGCAUUUUUUUUAAAUCGUGCGUUGUGAAGAGUCCAGACUCUAUUUCUUCUCAAACCGCAGAGGCAUGGAUGCCGAGGGCUUCGGGGAGCUGCUGCAACAGGCCAAGCAGCUGGCUGCAGAGACAGAGGCCGUGUCAGAGCUGCCGCACGUAGAGAGGAACCUUCAGGAGAUCCAACAGGCAGGGGAGAGGCUUCGAUCACGCACCCUCACCCGCACCACGCAGGAUGCUGCCGACGUAAAAGCGUCUAUACUCCUCGGUUCCAGAGGUUUGGAUAUCUUCCACAUUUCGCAGCGACUGGAGAGUUUAAGUGCAGCUACUACCUUUGAGCCACUGGAGCCAGUUAAAGACACUGACAUACAGGGCUUCUUGAAGAACGAGAGGGACAACGCCCUGCUGUCCGCCAUCGAGGAAUCUCGCCGAAGGACAUUUCUGCUGGCUGAAGAGUACCAUCGUGAGUCCAUGCUGGUGCAGUGGGAGCAGGUGAAGCAAAGAGUGUUGCACACUCUUCUCGGAGCAGGAGAGGAUGCCCUUGACUUCAGUCAAGACGUGGAGCCCAGCUUUGUGAGUGAAAUAACAGCACCAGGAAGGAGUGCUUUGGACAGCGUGGAGGUGGCAUAUGGGCGUCAGAUCUACAUUUUUAACGAGAAGCUUGUGAAUGGUCACAUUCAGCCAAAUCUGGGGGAUUUAUGUGCAUCUGUAGCAGAAAGCUUGGACGAUAAGAAUGUGUCAGACUUGUGGCUGAUGGUGAAACAGAUGACUGAUGUUUUGCUGGUUCCUGCCAAAGAGACACUGAAGAGUCGCACUUCAGUUGAGAUGCAAAUGGCAUUUGUGCGGCAGGCGCUCGGUUUCCUUGAGAACAGUUAUAAAAAUUACACCAUGGUGACUGUGUUCGGGAACCUUCAUCAGGCCCAACUCGGAGGGGUGCCGGGAACGUACCAACUUGUCCGCAGCUUUCUCAACAUCAAGUUACCAGGGCCCCUGCCUGGCAUGCAGGAUGGUGAGAUAGAGGGCCACCCAGUUUGGGCUGUGAUCUACUACUGUCUACGUUGUGGAGACCUGAACGCAGCCAUGCACGUAAUCAACCGAGUGCAGCACCAGCUAGGAGACUUCAAGACCUGGUUCCAGGAGUAUGCAAACAGCCCAGACAGACGCCUUUCCCCAACUUCGGAGAACAAGCUUCGUCUCCACUACCGCAGAGUGCUGAGGAACAGUGCCGAUCCUUACAAGCGAGCCGUUUACUGCCUCAUUGGGAAAUGUGACAUCAGCGAUAACCAUGGAGAAGUGGCAGACAAGACUGAAGACUAUCUAUGGUUUAAGUUGAAUCAGGUCUGUUUCGAUGAUGAUUGCAGCAGCUCCCCUCAGGACAGACUGACCUUGCCCCAGCUACAGAAACAACUCCUGGAGGAUUACGGGGAGUCCCAUUUCUCUGCGAGCCAGCAGCCCUUCCUGUAUUUCCAGGUCUUAUUCCUGACUGCUCAGUUUGAGGCCGCCGUGGCAUUCUUGUUUCGGGUUGAGAGACUUCGUAGUCAUGCCGUACACGUGGCGUUGGUGCUGUAUGAGCUACGGCUGUUGCUGAAGUCCUCUGGCCAAAGUGCUCAGCUUCUGAGUCAAGAGCCCGGUGACCCUCUCACUGUGCGGCGCCUCAACUUCAUCCGCCUGCUCAUGCUUUACACUCGCAAAUUCGAGUCCACGGAUCCACGGGAAGCCCUGCAGUACUUCUACUUUUUACGAAAUGAGAAGGACAGCCAGGGAGAAAACAUGUUCAUGCGAUGUGUCAGUGAACUUGUUAUUGAGAGUCGAGAGUUCGAUAUGUUACUGGGAAGAUUGGAAAAGGAUGGAAGCAGAAGGCCCGGUGUCAUUGAUAAGUUUGCAGGUGACACCAGAGCUAUCAUUAGUAAAGUGGCCUUGGAAGCUGAGAACAAGGGUUUGUUUGAGGAAGCAGUCAAACUCUAUGAGCUGGCCAAGAAUCCAGACAAGGUGUUGGAGCUGAUGAACAGGUUGUUGAGUCCUGUCAUUGCGCAGGUCAGCGCUCCUCAGUCUAAUAAGGAGAGGCUGAAAAACACUGCAGGGGCCAUUGCGGAGAGGUACCGCUCUCAAGGCAUUGCGGGAGACAAGUUUGUCGACAGCACUUUCUACCUGCUUCUGGAUUUGAUGACCUUCUUUGAUGAGUACCAUGCAGGUCAUGUUGAUCGAGCAUAUGAUGUGAUGGAGCGUCUGAAGCUUCUACCCCUCAGCCAGGAGAGUGUGGAGGAGAGAGUGGCGGCUUUCAGGAACUUCAGUGACGAGGUGCGCCACAAUUUGUCAGAGGUGCUGCUAGCCUCCAUGAACAUCCUGUUCACUCAGUACAAGCGUCUGAAGGGGGCGCCAGCAGGCACACCGGGGCGAGCUCAGAGGACAUUGGAUGACAGAGACACGCUGCGCGGUCAAGCUCGAGCCCUGAUAACCUUCGCUGGGAUGAUUCCCUACAACAUGGCCGGAGACACCAAUGCUAGACUGGUGCAAAUGGAAUUACUGAUGAACUGAGACGUCACUACACACAAUUAAAAACUACCAGGGAAUGUUUUGGUGACACGAACCACAAUCUCAUUUUCAUCAUUUCAUUUUGGUGAGGCAAACAUUCAUUGUUUGUGUAUUUGCGUUUCUGUCCGUAGUUGAUUUCUUUUGAUCCUUUUCCCGUUGUGCUUUUUCAUAUUUGUACUACCAGUUAUUUGGAAUAAAAAAAAAUAAUAAUUAGUACUUUUCAGUUGUCGCUCUGUUGCAUUCAUAUUUUUAUUUAGCGUGAUUUAUUUAAAAU